CACACACAAGCACUCUCCAGCUCAUUUCUCUCCCUAGAUCUUGAGGAGACAUUGAGGGAAGAGGGAGAUGAGGGGAUUCAGUCGGUUUCAGCGGUUUAGUCGAAAUCAAACUGGACGUUUGGUAUAAUCCCUUGGAAUCCGUUUGAUCUGUUUGCAAUUUGCGUCUCUUAGUGCCCUCCGUAAAUUCGUAAACGUGUGUUUCCACGCGUGACAUUUAUUCGAGAUGAAAUUACACGCCACUGUCUUGAUCAUCGUGAUUUCAGUUGGCAAUUUCAUUAAGGCAGACGGUUGUAACUGUAGCCAUUGUGAGGAUUCAGUCAGGGUGAUUGGCAUUGAGGAGAACGAGGACAACCAGUCGACCGACAAUCGACUGGAUAAGGAGGAUCUUGAUGGUGAUGGUAGUAGGACAAUAUGCGCCAGAGACAGGGAUCACGAGGAUCAGACAUUUCCAAGUAUUUGUCACAUGAAGUGUUACAAUCGUUGCAGUGAAUUUCAUUUGAGUAAACGCUUGGAAUUCGGAUAUAUUUUCAAAGAGGUCGCCAUUUACAGAACAAAUUAUUAUAAACUCCACGAGGGGCCCUGUCCGAAGAGAAUGAAAAAAAUCUACUCAAAUCCCGAGUGAAAAAUAAUUUUCCCAAUGCAAUAAAUUAUAAAUUACCCAUCAAACCCCCCAAAAAUACAAAUCCCGAUUUGUCUUCAAUUAAAAUUCAAUUAAUCAUCC